AUGAUGAUUCCGGUUUCCGCGCAAUUCUCGCUCACCGCUUCUCCCUUUCCCCCUUUUCCCCCCCUUCGCUACAAUCGCCCCGCCGCAGACUGGGACGAGCAGCGGAACGCGUACAUCGCGGCGCACCCGGGGUGCAACGCGACGCGCGACGGCAAGCCCAAGGUGAUGCUGGUCUCGGGCUCCAACAGCAAGCGGUGCGGCGAGGGCCCCAACAGCGGCGACUUCUUACUCCUCAAGUUCCUCAAGAACAAGCAGGACUACGCGCGCGUGAACGACAUGCCGUUCUAUUACGGCAUGGGUGCCAUUGACCCGCGGCUCAAGACGUUCUGGGUGAAGUUGCCGAUGCUGCGCAUGCUCAUGCUGCAGCACCCCGAUGUGGAGUGGUUCCUCUGGGUCGACUCCGAUGCCAUGAUCACCGACAUGGCGUUCCGGUAUCCCAUUGAGAAGCAGGCGAACAAGGUGCUCGUGAUGUCUGGGCUGGACGCUGACGUGUACGGCAAGAAGGACUGGGUGGCCCUCAACACGGGAAGCUUCCUCAUCCGCAACUCACAGGAAGGGUUGGAUCUGCUGGACGACUGGGGGCAGUACGGGCGGUCGGAGAAGGUCACUGUCAAGUGGGGCGAGAUCGCCAGCAGGGUGCUCCAGAAACGCAAGAACUGGCCUGCGGACGACCAGACGGCGCUGGUGCUGAUGCUGACGGGCGAGGGCGAGAGCGAGGAGGACAGGGCCAAGGGGCUCAAGCCGCUGGCGGACCGCUGGGCUCCCCGCACUCACCUGGACCCCACGUACACUCUGCACGGCUUCUGGGGAAUCUUCGUGGACAAGCUGGAGGCGAUAGCGGCCAAGUACCACAACGGGAUGGGCAACUGGGAGUGGCCCUUCACGGUGCACUUCACGGGGUGCAAACUGUGCGACCGCAAGUUCUCUGAUUAUGACCCCGACACCUGCGACCGCGGCAUUCACAGGUCAUACGCCUUUGCGGACAACCAGGUGCUCAAGAGGUACGGCCUGCAGCACGCCAAUCUCAACGACUCUGCCAUCACCAAAAUCGGAGCUCAGGCUGCCUGA